CCUCCCUCAGAGACCAGCCUGCGGGGACGCCGGGCUGCGGCGGCCGCCUUGUGGGAGCUCUCCGGGCUCGCUGUGGUGUUUCCGCGGCCGCGAGGAGGGAGAGCUGCCCGCCUCGAGGCCCCGGGGCCUGCCUUCGGUUUAAAUGUAACACCACGUAUUUGCAUCUCUUCAUUCUAAGCUAUCUUAAUGCAGCAAGCCAUAAAGCCAUAAUGUGGUAUACUGUCCUUUUUGAGAGGUGAAUAUUAUUAAAUAAAAAUGGCUGACAGAGGUGGGAAGAUUGUUCCAGGACAAGUGUAUAUUGAAGUGGAAUAUGAUUAUGAAUAUGAAGCAAAGGACAGAAAGAUUGUGAUAAAACAAGGGGAGCGAUACAUCUUGGUGAAAAAGACCAAUGAUGACUGGUGGCAAGUCAAACCAGAUGAGAAUUCCAAAGCAUUCUAUGUGCCAGCCCAGUAUGUUAAGGAGGUUACCCGAAAAGCUCUGAUGCCACCUGUGAAACACACCAUUGGUCUUCCAAAUAAUUCUAUGAAAAUGAUGCAGAGCCUUCAUCUUCAGCGAUCCACAGAAAAUGUGAACAAAUUGCCUGAGCUUUCUAGUUUUGGGAAACCAUCAUCAUCUAUUCAAGGAACAGGUCUUAUUCGUGAUGCCAAUCAGAAUUUUGGACCCAGUUAUAAUCCGAGUCAGACGUUCAACCUCAGCCUGGACCUGACCCAUAAUAAUGGAAAAUUUAACAAUGACUCACAUUCUCCUAAAGUUUCCAGCCAGAGUAGGACACGCUUAUUUGGACACUUUCCCGGUCCCGAGUUCUUGGACAUAGAGAAAACUAGCUUCUCCCAGGAACAGUCUUGUGAUUCAGCUGGAGAAGGCUCAGAAAGAAUACAUCAAGAUUCUGAAUCUGGAGAUGAGCUUAGCAGCAGCUCAACUGAACAAAUAAGGGCAAAUACACCUCCAAAUCAAGGAAGGCCAGAUUCUCCUGUUUAUGCUAACCUACAAGAACUGAAAAUAUCUCAGUCUGCUCUUCCUCCACUUCCUGGGAGCCCAGCAAUCCAGAUUAAUGGAGAAUGGGAAACUCACAAAGAUAGUUCAGGGCGUUGCUAUUACUAUAACCGAGGAACACAGGAAAGAACUUGGAAACCACCUCGAUGGACUCGGGAUGCAAGUAUAAGCAAAGGAGAUUUCCAGAGUUCAGGAGAUCAAGAGCUUCUUUCAUCAGAAGAAAACUACCACAGCAUUUGUUACAGCCAGUCAGAUAGUCAGUGUGGUUCUCCUCCAAGGGGUUGGUCAGAAGAGUUGGAUGAACGUGGGCAUACCUUAUAUACCAGUGACUAUACUAAUGAAAAGUGGCUCAAGCAUGUUGAUGAUCAAGGCAGACAAUAUUACUACAGUGCGGAUGGAUCUCGAUCAGAAUGGGAAUUGCCAAAGUAUAAUGCUUCAUCCCAGCAGCAAAGAGACAUAAUUAAAAGUAGAAGUCUGGACAGGCGGCUGCAAGAACCAAUAGUGCUAACAAAGUGGAGACAUAGCACCAUUGUAUUGGACACCAACGACAAGGAAUGUCCAACUGCCUCAAAACCCUGCUUUCCUGAAAAUGAAUCUUCUCCCUCCUCACCAAAGCACCAAGAUCCAGGUCAAGAAAAGUACGGGUUGCUAAAUGUAACAAAAAUUACUGAAAAUGGGAAAAAGGUUCGAAAGAACUGGUUGUCUUCUUGGGCAGUGUUACAGGGUUCAUCUUUACUUUUUACCAAAACUCAAGGAAGUAGUACAAGUUGGUUUGGGAGUAAUCAGUCCAAACCAGAAUUCACAGUGGACCUAAAGGGGGCAACAAUUGAGAUGGCAUCUAAGGAUAAAUCUAGCAAAAAGAAUGUAUUUGAGUUGAAGACUCGUCAAGGAACAGAAUUGCUAAUUCAAUCUGAUAAUGAUGCUAUUAUUAAUGACUGGUUUAAAGUUCUUACUAGUACUAUCAGUAAUCAGGCAGUAGAAACUGAUGAAGUGGUUGAAGAGGAGGUACCAGAUUCACCAGGAUUAGAAAAGCAGGAUAAAGAAAAAGAUCAAAAGGAGCUUAAAAAACUUCGUUCCAUGAAAGUAUCUAGCAUAGAUUCUUCAGAGCAGAAAAAAACCAAGAAAAAUUUAAAGAAGUUUCUUACCCGACGCCCUACUUUGCAAGCUGUUCGUGAAAAGGGUUAUAUAAAAGAUCAGGUAUUUGGAUCUAAUCUUGCUAAUCUGUGUCAGAGAGAGAAUGUCACAGUGCCAAAAUUUGUGAAGUUAUGCAUUGAACACGUUGAAGAACAUGGUCUGGAUGUUGAUGGGAUCUAUAGAGUAAGUGGCAAUCUUGCAGUGAUCCAGAAGCUGAGAUUUGCAGUCAAUCAUGAUGAGAAAUUGGAUCUGAAUGAUAGCAAGUGGGAAGACAUUCAUGUUAUCACUGGAGCACUCAAAAUGUUUUUUCGAGAACUACCAGAACCCCUCUUUACAUUUAAUCAUUUUAAUGAUUUUGUUAAUGCAAUUAAACAAGAACCAAGACAACGUGUUGCUGCUGUUAAGGACUUAAUCAGACAGUUGCCAAAGCCAAAUCAAGACACAAUGCAGAUUCUUUUUAGACACCUCAAAAGAGUUGUAGAAAAUGGAGAGAAAAAUCGAAUGACUUACCAGAGUAUAGCAAUUGUUUUUGGUCCCACUCUCUUAAAGCCAGAAAAAGAGACUGGCAAUAUAGCGGUUCAUACUGUGUACCAAAAUCAAAUUGUAGAACUAAUUCUGCUGGAAUUAAGUGCCAUCUUUGGACGUUGAUUCUUAUGGAAGACAACCUGUGGAAGAGAAGCUGUAUUCCAUCAGAUUUCAAAUUUUUAUGUACGAUGUAUUUUGUUUUGGACCAAGCAGUGACUCUUUGAUUUUGCACUUUUUUUUAAUUUGAGGGAUCAUACAGGAAGGGGAGAAUUAAGAUGUCUGCUAGGCCCUCAUAUUUGCUGCUUUGUUUCAAGGUGAUAUGAUUGUGUAGUUUUGGAUCCAUUUUAUCUGAAUGUGUGCAUUUAAUAUUCUGAAUUUCAGUACAAAUUAAAGCUCAGAUUUCUAACCUGUCAUACACACUGGAUCAUUUGGUAAGAAAAGCUACAUUUUUCCCCCCUCAAACUGGAUAAUGUAGAAUUUCUUCUCUUGAUCUGUAAGUUCUUCACUUGGUAGAAGAGUACUUAAUAUCAGUUACUUUGAAACAUACUUGGGCAUUUAAAACAAAAUGAAGUAUAUUAAUUCUGAAACCUGUGUAUUUCUUUUCAGGGUUUCUGCAUGCAGUGGCAGUCUUAAGUGCUAAAAUUCAUUAUAAUCCAGACAUAAUCCCAUUGGAUGAAGGCUUGCUGUCUGUCUUGUAUUGCACAGCAUCCUUACUGGGAUAUCUUAGUUGCUUGUUUGGGCAGCACACUAAUAUUACCUAAAACACUGUGAUUUACUGGAGUUUUACUUAGAUAAGUCAGUUCAGGGUAUUUGAGAACUGUCUUGGUAUACUGAAUUGUAACUAACAAUCCUAAUUAUAUCUAGUGCCAUAUUGAGUUCUUGGUAUCACCCUGUGGAAAUGGACAUUAUUUGAUGUAAAUAGCUAAAGACUUAAUGUCCUUUAGCUUAUGUAUAUAAUUGUGUUGUAUAGUUUCAGAGCACAGUCUAACUCUACAUUUCUAAUCAUGAUAUUGGUAAUAUUUUCCAUGAAUAUUAGGUUUCCUCCAGAAAUAGGCUGAUAUUUGAGAAAAUUAACAAUGUGCACUUUUAGAUUUUAAUUACCUUUACAAGCAGAUCACUGUAAUAUGAAUGGUACUGGAAAAAAAGCUGAAUAUACUUGCUAAGUGAUAAAUGCACUACAAGAGGAACCUUUUAGGUCAUAAUAUUUAAUAUGUAUAGAAAACAUUAGAAAAAAAUUACAGAGUCCUAACUCCAGUUUGAAUAGUGGAAAUCCACAUGUAUAUUAGAUAGAUAUUGGGUGGAAAAUGAUGUUGCUAAAAUUGAGAAUUUCCUUUUACAUUACUAAUGUAGAUUGAUUUGUACAAUAAAACAGGGUUUGGAAGGUUUUGUUACAGGGAGCAUGGUCUGUUGAAAAUUUUUUAAAUGUAUUUUUCUAGAUUAACUACUGUAUAUGAAAUGUUUAAUCUAAUAAAAAACUAUAAGAGGCUUAGAGAUUUUCCCAUUAGUGAUAUGCAUUUUGGCUCUUAAUUUUUUUGUUUACUGUCAUACUCUUACAUCUCAUUUUUUUAAAAAGUUAACUGAACCCAAUGUUUCCUCUGGCAAAUACAUUUUCCUUAAUUCAUAUCUUUUCUGUUCCUUUCCAUGUCAACACCUCCCUGUGCCCAACACACUUUAUUUUUCUUUAAAUUUCUUUAUCAGUAUUUGAGAAUGAUUUGUGUCCACUAUUCUUUUUCCCUUGGAUUACAUUUAUAAUUUAUAGAUUGCCUUCCUUAGGAACAACUAUCUUUGUAUGAUCUGUCUAAAAAAGUUCCUAAGUUGUGGUUAAGAUACUGUAUUUGUUGUUGUGAUACUGUUAAAUAGAUAUCAGACCAAACUACUUGACAGCUAAAGCAGAUUGUUUCAAGUGGGGAGAAAAAGUCCCAAAUCAGAAUGUGUGUGUUUGCUUAAAGAUGUCAUUUAUAACACAGUAUGCUUUAGGACUGCCUGUUUCUUGAUUGUAUACCAGGAAAACAAUUAGAUUUAAAUCUGUGAUGUUCUUUCUCUUGGUGGUCAUGAACAUAUCAAAGAUUAAAAUUGUCCUGUGCUCCUUGUUUCAAAGUACAUAUGUGUGUAUGUGAAGUCUUAAGUGUUUCAUUGGUCUACAGCUAGUCAUUUUAUUGUAAUAUUAUAUGUACAAUGAGAUCUGUGUCUUGUGUUUUCAUCCUUUGUGAAUUAAAAAAACCUCACUUGUUUUUGUAAUAACAAAACCAGUAAUA